GUAUUUGGCCAAGUGAAGUCCUUCGUACAAAAAUAUACUUUUGUACAAGGGGGCUAUAGCUCCAGAAAUCAGAAAAAGAUGGAAAGCAUUCCACUCCCCUCGUCGUCGUCGUCGUGUCUACUGAUUUCCAGCUCCUACUCCAUUUCGGGAAGACCAUCAUCCACGAAUUUUUAUCCUCACAGGCGCUUAAGAAAAGGGCAAGCACUCUCCGUUUCCUGCGAUUACUCCUGUUUCGAAAGAUUAGUUAACAUAUUGCGGAUGUAUUAUGGAGGUGCUAAUAAUAGAUGUUCGACCCUUCUCUUUUUUUAUGGGUUUGUGGAGAUAAGGGAUGUGUCUUAUCGGCCUCCAGGGACCAAGAUCAACCUAUUGAGUCAAGUCAAUCUUUCCAUCCCUGAGAAAAGUUUUGGCUUGAUAUUUGGACGGAGUGGCAGUGGGAAAACUACUUUAUUGCAGCUGCUUGCAGGGUUAAGCAAACCAACAUCAGGUUCCAUAUAUGUGCAGCGAUAUAGUGAUGAUGGUGAAAAGAUUAAGUCUCCUGAACUCUUACAACCAGAAAGAGUUGGCAUUGUUUUCCAGUUUCCUGAGAGAUACUUUGUUGCUGAUACUGUUCUUGAUGAAGUUACAUUUGGGUGGCCAAGACAAAAGGGUGGCCUUCAAUUAAGAGAGAUUCUUGCUUUGAGACUUCAAAAGGCCAUUACCUCGGUUGGUUUAACAGGAAUAUCUUUGGAUAAGGAUCCCCAUUCAUUAAGUGGUGGCUACAAACGUCGGCUUGCCCUUGCUAUUCAGUUAGUUCAAACACCAGAUUUAUUAAUAUUGGAUGAGCCUCUUGCUGGUCUUGAUUGGAAGGCUCGUGCAGAUGUGGCGAAAUUGUUAAAGCAUCUAAAGAAGGAGCUAACUUUACUUGUUGUCAGCCAUGACCUCAAAGAGUUAGCAUCUUUGGUAGAUCAAUCUUGGAGGAUGGAAAUGGGAGGAGUACUUAAAAGAGAGCCACUACCAAUUUAAUACUCGGGGGUUUAUUAUGUUCCCAGCCAUUAGUUUCUGAUGCGAUGGAUGAGGUAUUGAUGUCAAGGCAGCAGUCUUGCUCUGAUUUCAUUUCUUUUUUGGCCAAGCGCUAAUUGAGCUAGGUAGUACCAGGUUCUCGAAGAAUCCUGCUUGGAUGAAGUGAUAAUCCUGUAGUAUGUCCCUAAAGUAUCGGGACGUAAAGAGAAUCCUAGUGAAAAAUUGUUUAUAAGAUCAGUGUAAAGGUGGAGACAUAUUUUGGUUUUGAAGAUAAAUACUUGUCUUUAGAGUUUAGUAUUUGAGGUCUAAUUAAUUACAAUUCUUAGGUCAUCAGUUUACUUAUUGUCAAAUUGAGUCCUUAGUUAUUUGUUGUUGAGAAGGUAGAAGCGUAAAUAUCAGCCACGUGUCUAGUUUGUUAUGAAGUUGAUUCUGCCUAUAUUUAUAUUCCUUGUACUCGUCCAUUUCCGGCUAUGUUGAAUGGAAAAUCAAAUUUUAUCUUCU